GUGGUGACAGUCCUGAAAGUGACUUUGAACACACCACUUUGGUCAUUUGCGAGUAACUCUCAGCAGAUAUUUCGUUUUAAAUACCUGAGGGGUUUCAUUGAACCCAGUAUCAACCAUGUUUAAAGUGCAGGCAUCCCGUGCAAGCACUCUCCUACCUCGCAUACGGGAGGCAUGGCAAUUCAGACAAUUACAAAAGACAGCCACACCUUCCUGUGCAGUACUAUCAACCAGUGGUCUCCAUGGCAACAGAUACAGAUCGACCAUUGCACAGGAGCAGCCAGCUGAGAAGAAAAAGAUUGAAAAAUUGAUGGUUGCCAAUAGAGGUGAGAUAGCAAUCCGAGUGUUUCGAGCAUGUACAGAGUUAGGGAUCCGAACGGUUGCUAUCUAUUCAGAGCAAGAUAAAGGUAAUAUGCACAGAGGCAAGGCAGAUGAAGCAUACCUCAUAGGAAAGGGAUUACCACCUGUGGCUGCUUACUUAUCUGUUCCUGAAAUCAUAAGAAUUGCAAAGCAACACAAAGUUGAUGCUAUUCAUCCUGGAUAUGGAUUCUUAUCAGAAAGAGCAGACUUUGCCAAGGCUUGUACCGAAGCUGGUAUCAAGUUCAUUGGUCCAUCACCUACAGUUGUACAUCAGAUGGGUGACAAGGUGGAAGCUAGACAAAUUGCUAUAGCAGCAGGUGUACCGGUAGUACCUGGAACCGAUGGUCCAGUCACUACAUCACAAGAAGUUGAAGAAUUCUGUGAACAGUAUGGAUUCCCAGUUAUCCUCAAAGCAGCAUAUGGAGGAGGAGGAAGAGGAAUGAGAGUCGUCCGAUCUAUGGAUGAAGUGACAGAGAACUUUGAAAGAGCAUCGUCUGAAGCUUUAGCAGCAUUUGGCGAUGGAUCAAUGUUCAUUGAAAGAUAUAUAGAAGAGCCAAGACAUAUUGAAGUACAAGUACUAGGUGACAAAUUUGGAAAUGUGAUCCAUCUUUAUGAGCGUGACUGCUCUGUGCAACGUAGACAUCAAAAGCUGAUUGAACUAGCCCCUGCCCCUAUGCUUGACCCCGCCCUGAGGAACAAAAUGACGUCCGAUGCUGUUAAACUUUGUCAGUCAGUCAACUAUGAGAAUGCUGGGACUGUUGAGUUCCUCCUUGAUAAACAAGGCAAUCAUUACUUUAUAGAGGUCAAUGCAAGAUUACAGGUGGAACACACUGUCACUGAAGAAAUUACAGGUGUUGACCUUGUCCAGUCUCAGAUAAAGGUCGCUGAGGGAUACAGUCUACCAGAGCUUAGUCUAUCACAAGAUGAUGUACAGAUACAAGGGAGUGCAAUGCAAUGUAGGAUUACAACAGAGGACCCAGCUAAGAACUUUCAACCUGAUACCGGUAGAAUCGAGGUAUUCCGUAGUGGUGAAGGAAUGGGUAUUCGUAUUGACAGUGCCCUAGCCUUCGCUGGUGCUAUAGUAUCCCCUCACUACGAUUCGUUACUGGUGAAACUCAUCUCUCGAUCCAGAGACCAUCAGAGUUCAGUCAGAAAGAUGCUCAGAGCCUUGGCUGAGUUCAGGAUAAGAGGUGUUAAGACAAACAUACCAUUCUUAGAGAAUGUGUUACGCCAUGAGCAGUUUGUAUCAGGUCAGGUGAAUACAUCAUUUAUUGAUGAGAAUCCUCAUCUCACAAGAGAAUUCAAACCAAGUCAAAAUAGAGCACAGAAACUUCUCUACUACUUCAGCAACCUGUUGGUUAACGGUCCUGCCACGCCCCUUGCUACCGCUCUUAGACCACCUAAUGUUACCCCACCCAUUCCAGAGGUACCAUUUGGAGAAGUGAGUGGAAGCUAUCAUGUGAUUGACAAGGCAGUACCUGUGGGAAAGAGAGACAUCUUACUUCGGGAAGGGCCUGAAGCAUUUGCUAAGGCUGUGAGGAACAAUCCUGGUCUGAUGUUGACAGAUACCACCUUUAGAGAUGCACAUCAAUCCUUGCUAGCAACACGUGUGAGAACCUAUGAUCUGAAGAACAUCUCACCCUUCGUAGCACACAACUUUCAGAACUUGUUCAGUUUAGAAAACUGGGGAGGUGCUACAUUUGAUGUUGCUAUGCGGUUUCUUCAUGAGUGUCCUUGGGAGAGAUUAGAGACGUUACGAGAACUGAUCCCAAACAUCCCAUUCCAGAUGCUUCUCAGAGGAGCCAAUGCUGUAGGGUAUACUUCAUAUCCUGAUAAUGUUGUGUACAAGUUCUGUGACCUUGCCCAUAAGAGUGGAAUGGAUAUCUUCCGUGUCUUUGACUGUCUUAACUACCUACCAAAUCUGAUCCUUGGUAUGGAAGCUGCAGGAGCUUCGGGUGGUGUAGUGGAAGCUGCUAUCUCAUACAGCGGAGAUGUAUCUGAUCCAUCUAGGACCAAAUACACCUUGGACUAUUAUACUGACCUAGCAACAGAGCUUGUUAAAGCUGGUACUCAUAUCCUAUGUAUAAAGGAUAUGGCUGGUCUUCUGAAGCCCAAGGCUGCAACCAUCCUAGUCUCUGAGCUACGAGAUAGAUUCCCUGACAUGCCACUACACAUCCAUACACAUGAUACCUCUGGUGCGGGUGUUGCUGCUAUGUUAGCCGCUGCUGAAGCAGGAGCAGAUGUUGUAGAUGUAGCAGUAGACUCUCUAUCAGGGAUGACAUCACAACCUAGUAUGGGAGCUGUUGUUGCAGCUCUUGAAAACACUGGCAUGGAUACAGGUGUUGCACUGGAGGAAGUCUUCAAAUACAGUUCAUAUUGGGAAGUGGCACGUCAGCUCUAUGCUCCUUUUGAAUGCACAGUUACUAUGAAGAGUGGAAACGCUGAUAUCUAUCGUAAUGAGAUCCCAGGAGGACAGUAUACAAAUCUUCAGUUCCAGGCAUUCAGUCUUGGUCUAGGUAGCCAGUUUGAUGAAGUCAAGAAGGCCUAUGUUCAAGCCAAUCAACUACUUGGCGAUCUUAUCAAGGUAACACCAUCAUCUAAGGUAGUAGGAGACCUUGCUCAGUUCAUGGUACAGAAUAAACUCACUCCAGAACAGGUAGAAGAGAAGGCUGAUGAACUCUCCUUUCCUAAGUCUGUUGUGGAGUUCUUACAGGGUCAUAUUGGACAACCAUAUGGGGGUUUCCCUGAACCUCUGAGGUCUAAGGUAACAAAGGGACUUGCUACUGUAGAUGGGAGACCAGGAGAAUCUCUUCCACCUCUUGACUUUGAUGCUCUGAAGGCAGAACUCAUUGCUCAGCAUGGGAAAUGGAUACGAGAUAGUGAUGUCGUUAGUUCUGCCCUCUAUCCUAAAGUCUUUGAAGAUUUUGCCAACUUCAAGAAAGAUUUUGGACCAGUGAACACGCUUGAUACCAAGAUAUUCUUGGUUGGUCCGAACAUCGCAGAGGAAUUCAAUGUAGAGAUUGAGAAAGGCAAGACACUUCACAUUACCCUCCUAGCUAUGGGUGAUCUUAACAAGAAGACUGGAGAGAGGGAAGUCUUCUUUGAACUCAACGGUCAACUCAGAUCAGUUCUCAUCAAAGAUAAUGCUGCCAUGAAGGAAUUACACAUCCAUCCUAAGGCUGUGAAGUCAGUGAAGGGAUCGGUAGGUGCCCCCAUGCCAGGUGAGGUGAUUGAUGUCCGGGUUCAGACCGGUGAUAAGGUAGAGAAGGGUGCACCAUUGAUUGUCCUCAGUGCUAUGAAGAUGGAGAUGGUUGUCAGUGCACCCAUGUCAGGAGUGGUCAAAUCUAUAUCGGUCAAGAAAGGAACACCUGUGGAUGGAGAUGACCUCCUGGUGGACAUUGAGUAAUGAUGAGUUGUGACUGUUUUCUUCAGAACUCCCCGGUGAGUGGGAUGGUGAUGGUGAAUUCAAUAUGAACAUUGAGAUAAGAACUGGAAUUUAUCGGAUAUUACAGGAAGUACUUGACCAGAUUUCAAGGCUGUAUUCUGCGCUCUGUUACGCAAUGGUUUGCAAUCAAUUUGAUAUCAGACAAUAACCAGUUAAAAUCAUUGCUACAUGUGCAUUAUUUCUGAUCAGGAACCAAUAAGGAGUGUUCUAUACAUAUUUUAAAUCAAUAACAAACCUUUGUUAUGGAGCCCUAGGCCCUGUUGCAUAAAAGUUACUAUUUUAGUAACUUUGCCAUGCAAUGGUAACUACCACGAUAAUGCUGAUCAACAACAAAUCAAAAUCAAGGAUUCCAUGCAAGUUACCAUUGGAUGGUAAAGUUACCAUAAUGGUAACUUCACCAUCCAAUGGUAACUACCAUGGUAACAAUGCUCAUCAGCCAAUCAGAAUCAAGGAUUUCUAGUAAGAUACCAUUGGAUGGUAAAGUUACCAAAAUGGUAACUUGUACACACCAGGCCCAUGAGUUUGUAAGGAUGAUUAGAUCUCUGUAGGUUAAUCUCUUGACCACUGAAUUCUUAAAUUAUCACCUGUUUUAUACAGUGAUCAUGGGGUUCCAGGCAACAGGUUACCUAUCCUCACAUGGAUCAUGACAGGCAUGGAAAUGGUAUUAUUUACUGAUGUUAUACUUCAAGGAAUAGAAUCAUGUUACUAUGAAUGUCUAGGAGACAUCACAGCCAAAUUGUGCUAAGUGCCAUCAUUAACUCAUGUCAAAUUAAUUGCAGUUGAGUGUCUGUUCACAAAUGUAUUAAUGCUUCUCGGUCAUAUAUAUUGUGCAAAUUGAUUGCCGUGUCUAGGAUCAAAUUAUAGCUGUCAUUUUGAUCAAGAAAGGACAAUAUUCACCUUGUUUGCUAUUGUACAAUGUCUCUGGGGAAUACCCUCUACAUGAAGUAGAAGAGUAACCAGAUAUAAGCUGUUAUUUCCAUGGGAUUUGAUAGUAUGUCCAAUAUUUAUGGUUUAAUACAGUGUGAUCCGGGGUUGUAUUAAGAAGUGAUACAAUUCAUUCGCAUGAAAUGUUAUAUUUAGUAUGCACAUUGUCACUUACAUUGACCUGGACAGUAAAUCUUGCACUUCAUCAAAAGAGUCAAAGAUCAACUCCAAAUUGACUUAUUAUCAACUCAGUCAUAGUCAUUCAGUAAAGUGAAAUGGGUUUUUUUGUUUGUUUCAUUUCCAUUGUUGUUGUCAUUGGUAAAAACUGGUUGAAGCGUGAUGAUCAUUUGCAUUUGAUGCUAAUCGACAACUCAUGAGAUUCGAUGCUGAUUAUUUGUUGAUGAUUAUUGUAUGAUUCCACUCUCUAAUCUCUGAUCACUAGAUUAGAGAUUUAGACAAACUAAACCAACAUACAUUGGGUUUUGGUUGGGGAUCAUCUUAUGGGUUUUCUAAGUGGAAGAUUGUGGACAAUUAUUGGUCCAAAGUUGGUGGAUAAGGAUGAGUUUAUCCACAGAUGAAUGGUUAUCAGAGAAUCAUCAACAUCCAUUCAUUAAGUGUGUUAUCUGACAUGAUUUGCAUUAUUUUCAGUGCAAUUAUCUCUUCCAUUGUGCUGUUCAUUCCAUUUGAAUCCAUGAAUCAUUAGUUUAAUCAGUGAUAAUACCCAUGAAUAUUAGUCUCAUUCCCAAUGUCAGAUAUGAUGCAUAGUUUUACACCCAUCUCAAUACCGAACAUUUAGCAGUUUGAUGAAAUAGUGUAUGAUGUUUAUUGUUUACAAAAUGUGAAUUGAUACCAGGGUAUAUUUGAUCAUGAAAUUUGAAAUGUGAUCAUAUUCAUUUGAUUGAAGUAAUCAGUAUGCAUGUAUUAUGUAAUCUCUGUUAUUCAUUGAUAACAAUGUGACAUGGCAAGAAUACGGCAAAAGCUUGGUAUUGCCUCUGUUAU